AUGCGCUGGUUUGGCAGCAUACUACUUGUCUUGGCAGUGCAGCUGCGGCCGAGUGACAGCACGUGUUCAAUCGUCGACUUUGGCGGCAUCGGGGAUGGACAACAUGACAAUGGUCCGGCGCUAACUGCCGCCGUUAAUGCGUGCCUACAGCGCGGGGAUGGUCACGUGCUCGUGCCGGCCGGCAACUUUAGCAUUCAGCCCGUGGCCUUUGAUAAGAACAUUACCAAUCUUCGUCUCUCCAUUGAGGGCUUGCUCUUCAACGGGGCCACCCCCGAAACACUGCCGAGCCAUGCCAAAGCCAUCAUCACCUUUCAUGAGUCUCGAAACGUGACCAUUGACGCUGGCAUUAGUGUUCGCAGCGCCUCCACGGGUGUCGUGGACGGUAAUGGCGCUGCUUGGUGGACCAUCCGCCGAAAAACGCCCUCCUUCUUUGCCCCCGUUCUCUUCCUAUUUCAUAACACCGUGGGCACCUUAGUGCGCGAUCUCUGGGUCCGCAACUCACCCAUGUUCCAUUUGGUGCACGAAAACGCCGCCAACGGCGUGAUGGACGGCGUCCUCAUCACCGCGCCCGCAGACUCGCCCAACACGGACGGCAUCGAUCUCAGUGGCUCGGGCUUCAUCGUCCGUAACAGUCGCAUCGACAACGGCGAUGACGGCGUGGCCAUCAAGCCUAGUUGUGCCAACGUGACCAUCACCAACAACACUUUCCUGCACGGCCACGGUGCCAGUAUCGGCAGCAUUGGCGAAAAUAACGGCACCGGUCACAUCGCCAACGUGCUCGUUGAGAAUAACACCUUCAUUGACAUGCAAAACGUGGCUCGGAUCAAGACCUGGCAGGGGGGUCAUGGCAGCGUCACCAACAUUACUUAUCGCCACUUGCGCGUACAAGAUAGUGACCAUGUCAUCUUCAUCACCCAAUACUACUGCCCCUCCAGCCAACACAGUGAUCCCUGCAAAAACUACACGGAUGCAGUUGUCAUCUCCAACAUUAUCUUUGACGACGUGACCGGCACCUUCCAGGACUCGAGUCCAGGACAGUUGCUCUGCUCCGAUACCUUUCCUUGCUCCAACGUCACUCUCCGCGAUGUUAACCUUCAGGGCAAUUCCAAGCACUAUACUUGGGACUGCUGGCAGGUGCACGGGCAGGCCACCAACGUCACGCCGCCCAUCACUUGCCUUGACACCUGA